AUGCGAAUGGGUUGCGUUUGAAAAAGGCCAAAACGCUCGUUCGAAGAGGAGAAAGAAAGGAGAAUCAUCAAUGGAGAAAGCGAGAGAAGCGAUCUCCAUGUCUUCGUCUUUGUCUUCGUCGUCCCUCUCUCCGCCGCAAGUACCGAUGGAGCUCCACGUCACCAACCGAGAGAAGCUCCUGAAAUCUCUCCGCCACCACCUCUCCGAGUUAUCUCGUCCUCUCCACGGCUUUGUCUUCCUCCAGGGUGGCGAGGAGCAAACGCGCCACGACACUGACCACAUCGAACUCUUCAGGCAGGAGAGUUACUUUGCUUACCUAUUUGGAGUCAGAGAACCAGGCUUCUAUGGAGCUAUUGACAUAAUGACUGGAGAGUCCAUCCUGUUUGCUCCUCGCUUACCUGCAGAUUAUGCUGUUUGGUUGGGAGAAAUAAAGUCACCAUCAUACUUCAAGGAAAGAUACCUAGUUAGCGUGGUAUACUACACAGAUGAGAUUGCUAGAGUUUUACAUGACCAUUUCCAAGGAUCUGGGAAACCCUUGUUGUUUCUAUUGCAUGGGCUCAAUACCGACAGCAAUCAAUAUGCAAAACCAGCGGAGUUUGAGGGUGUGGACAAGUUUGAGAUGGAUAUGGAAACCUUGCAUCCCAUUUUGACUGAAUGCCGUGUUUUGAAGUCAGAGCUGGAGCUUGCUGUUAUCCAGUAUGCCAAUGAUAUAAGCUCUGAAGCUCAUGUUGAGGUUAUGAAAAAAACUAGAGUGGGAAUGAAAGAGUAUCAAUUGGAAAGCGUGUUUCUUCACCACACCUACAUGUAUGGUGGUUGUAGGCACUGCUCAUACACAUGUAUUUGUGCUACGGGUGAAAAUAGUGCUGUGCUCCAUUAUGGGCAUGCAGCGGCUCCAAAUGACAGGACCUUGGAAGAUGGAGAUAUGGCAUUGUUUGAUAUGGGAGCUGAAUAUCAUUUUUAUGGGUCUGACAUAACUUGUUCAUUUCCUGUUAAUGGGAAGUUUACUAGUGAUCAGUCACUCAUUUAUAAUGCUGUCCUUGAAGCACACAAUGCUGUUAUAUAUACAAUGAAACCUGGAGUAAACUGGGCUGAUAUGCACAUGUUAGCAGAGAAAGUUAUCCUUGAAUCGUUGAAGAAAGGAUGCAUUGUUGUUGGCAAUGUGGAUGAUAUGAUGGCUAAACGAUUGGGUGCUGUUUUCAUGCCUCAUGGUCUAGGGCAUUUCCUUGGUAUUGACACGCAUGAUCCCGGGGGCUACUUAAAGGGAGCGGAAAGACAAAAAGAACCUGGAUUGAGGUCUUUACGUACAACCCGAGAGCUCCUGGAGGGAAUGGUGAUAACUGUAGAGCCUGGAUGCUACUUCAUUGAUGCUUUAUUGCUUCCUGCCAUGGAAAGUCAAAGCACAUCAGGAUUCUUCAAUCAGGAAGUAAUCGGAAGAUUUAAAGGUUUUGGGGGAGUUCGAAUUGAAAGUGACGUGCAUGUCACUGCCAGUGGUUGCAAGAACAUGACAAAGUGUCCCCGGGAAAUCUUGGACAUCGAAGCUGUGAUGGCGGGGGCACCAUGGCCGCUUGAGAAGCAACCUCCAUCUAUUUAGAAAUGGUUACCGUCCAUAGCAAUGUGCUCUACAACUGGUUGAAUUGUGCUGUUGUGAAUUUGGUACUGCUAAAAUAUGAAACAUAGCAGUUCAGCACAGAAUAAUGUAUGUAGUCAUUGCUGAAGGCAUUUUGUUUGCCUGCCAAAGUUUACAGCACUGUGUUACUAAUAAUGGGCCAAAAUUGAGGAAACUAUUGAGUUAGGCACUGAACUUUAUUUUCCAUAAA